AUGGCUACGGGCCCAAUAACCCCAGCCGACGACAUGGCAGACAGCGUGCGCUCUCUCUCGCCAACAGCUCAGGAACCCGCCGCCUACAAUGGCACCCGCGACACUAGCGUCUUCGACGAUGCUGUUAUGCACCUUGUGCUCGAACCUCCCUCGCCCUCCGGCAUCGUCAUCUUAACCGAUACCAACGAACAACCAGUCAAUCACCACAGCAUCCGCCUCGCCGAUAUCGACCCUCCCUCCCUCCCUACAAUCCCCGCCCACGAGCUUCCCCUCCCCCUCACCGACCCUCGCCGCAUCUACCGCUCCCCCCUCCCUGGCCUCCUCCUCACCCAUCCCAAUGGCUCCCCCGAAGGCGGCCCCUCCCCCUUCUCCUCCAUUCCCACCACACACGACGAAUUCGCACAGCACUUCAUCCGCUUGCACGGCAUCCGGAGCCCCGAAGAGCUGGAGCGGCGGCUCGGUGCAGCGAUGCAGGAGCAGAAGGACGAGCUGAGGCGACGGAUGAGGAGGAGGGAGGAGGCGAUUGAGCAUAACGCGAGGAUUGAGAAGGAGAUUCGGAAUUUGGUUGAUCAGAGGGCUAUGGAGGUGAAGCUGGAGGAGAAGCUUAAGGCGGGUGCCGCGAGGAGGCGGGAGGAGAGGGAGGAGAGGGAGAGGAAGAGGAGGAAAAGGGUGUGA